AUGAGUAGUCCGAGCAGCGAACAUCUACGGAACGGGUUCCCAAUGGAGCGCAGUCCGCAGCCGACCACCAGACCGCCGUCAGUGAAGCAACGUGCGCGAAGUUUGCCUAGAAGAACUGUGGAAAGAGAUCCAUUCGAGGGUUUGGAGGGUGGGUGGUGGAGCAAGGGCGAAGUACAACGGAAUAAAGAGCGACGUGAUUUGGCGAACCAGAACAGAACGGUGGCUGGAGGUAACUUCACGCAAAGGCCGGAAACUCCAAAAAGACAGUCUAGAUGGCAGGAGAGGGAAUAUGAUAUGGAUGACGUACCAGCUGCUGGCUACAGUGGACAUAUGCCAGGAUUGCGGCAGCUUGGAGUUGGAAAAUCUUUCAAUAUUGCUGCAAGGGAAGCGAAACGAGACUAUGCAAUCCGACGAAGGGCGCAUAGUGGAGAGAGGUUGAAAGGUAAUGAUAUCUUGAGUUGAUA